UCACACUGAGUGCUUCCCAGAGUCUACUGUGUUUCAAAGUUUUAAAAAUGGAGGAAACAUAUCUAUUUAACCAUCCUGGAGUGAAAAAGGUUAUUCUGCAUGGUGGCCAGGGUCCUCUACCUCACUUUCCAAACGGUACUAAGUUGGUGUUCCAUUUCCAGACACUACUGGACAAUUUUGAGAGGACAGUGAUCGAUGACAGUCGCAAAAACAAGCAGCCAACAGAGAUUUUUGUGGGGAAAAUGUUCAAGAUGGAGGUGUGGGAGGUGCUGUUAACCUCCAUGAGGGUUGGCGAGGUUGCAGAGUUCUGGUGUGAUGCUAUUCACACAGGUCUCUAUCCCAUGGUUGCUAAAGGGAUACGUUUGGCUGCACAGGGCAAAGACCCACUGGAAGGCCAGAAGCACAUGUGUGGUAUGGGCAAUGUGUUCACCUACCAUUCCACAGGUUUCACUGAACUCGAUGAGCUGAUGAGGGAGCCACAGCCUCUAAUCUUCAUCAUGGAGCUAAUUUCGGUAGGAUUACAAACAAACAUGCACACAUGCACAAACACACCACAUUUACAACCCAGCAGUGCAAUCCUGUCACUCCACCUGCAACAGAUUUAUUGCUGCAGCACAAACCACUUAAGGUCAAGCACAGCAGAAAAACACUGGGGGGAUAAGCUGUUUACAUGCUUCAGUCAAGUACAACAGGCUUACUUACUCUUCUGCUCCUUCUCUCUGACUCUCAUUUUACAACACUGUUUGUUGCCUCUGUCCUGUCUGUUAUUGCUCAGGUAGGUGAGCCAUUCUCCUACCUUCGUGAGUCUUGGCUCAUGGAGAAGGAUGAGAAGAUGCAACUUGUGCCCACCCUUCA